AUGGACAAUUAUAUUGAGAUGAAAUCAAAUGUAUUGAAUAAAGAAUAUGAUAUUUAUAAAAUACCAAAUGAAUAUGAUGAAACGUUGUCAAUAUAUUCUAUUGAUGAUGAAGAUUCAGAAGAUGAUAUGUUAAACAGUUAUGAAAAGACAAGUGAUAUUGCAAAAGAUUAUAUGUACAAAAAAAUAAAUACAGAUAAUUUAGAUAGUAGUGAAUAUGAAGAUACUAAUAUGGGUAUCUUUAAAUAUAUAUAUGAAAUGAUAACAAAAAAGAAUGAAAUGAGAAAAGAACAAAUGAAAUUGACACUUUUUAGUAUAAAUCGAUGUGUAGAUUUUUUUAAUGAUUUUUUAUUUCUUAUAAAAGUUUUUUAUGAAAUGAAAAUAUCUGAAACUUCUAAUAUGUUAAAUCAUAAUAUAUAUAAACUUUUAUUUUUAUGGCUUUUAUUUUUAUAUGUUACUUCUUUUUUUACUUUUUAUUUCCGUAAAUAUUAUAUUAUGAAUUUAAUACCAGAAAAACAUCAUAACUUAUUUUCUUUAUUUAAAGUCUUUAAUGAAAUAAAAACAAUGCACCCAAAAAACAUUUCAGUAUUAUAUUUUUAUGAUCGUAUACAAAGAACAUAUAUAGUUAUAAAUAAAUUCUUUGAAGACCUACCUCAAUUUUUAUUAUGUUUGUUGUAUAUUACCUUGAAUGGAAAAGACAAAUUUAUCAUUUUUAAUAUGUUAUAUUCAAUUAUAUAUUUUGUGAUUAAUGCAAUAUAUCAUGGAUUAAAUUAUCCAUUCAUGGGAACACUCAAUUUAUUUUUCUCAACCUACCUUUUAAAUGACUCGUUUGUUGAAUAUGACGCAGCACCUACCAAUAAAUUUUUUUGUUUAUAUUCUUUUUUUGUUUUUUUUAUAUGGUCACUUCUUGCUUUAUCAACCAAAAAACUUGUUAGCUUUUUUUGGGCUCCAUGUAAUACAAAAAAAAAAAAAAAAAAAAAAAAAAAAAUGAUAAAAUAA